AUGCUAAAACCUCGACUUAUUACAAAACUUCUGGUCGAUUGCAACUCAGCUCACAUUCAGAUUCGUCAGAACGACAGCCAAUCAGAUAUCUCUACGGAUGGAUAUUCCCGUGGUAGUUAUAAAACAUUUAAAAACAAACUUGAAAGAAACGUUAAAGAAAACAGGGAGGUUGUUGUUGAAGACAGAAGUCAAUCAGAUCAAGAAAAACAUAAUGAAGAAACUUUAGAGCGUUUACGAAAUGGUGAGACGCGUGAGAGGAAUGGAAACGAAAGUAGAAAAAACGUCGGUUCAUUUAAUAAAGAGAUGAGUAGCUCAUCGUGGACUCAUAAUGACAGCGGUUUUGGAAAGAAACAUCAUGUGCCAAUAAAUGGUGUGCAAGUCCUACCACCCGAACCAGUUUUCAUCAAGUUUGAAAGUAGCGAUGAGGAGAAUGAAAAUUGAAGUUGAAUGUUUUAUUAACAAGCUUUUUUAGACUUAUAUAUGGCUCACUUUAUGGAGGUGAAUUUACGUUUGAUAUAUGAUUUGAGAUAAUUGACUAUUUAUUUUUAUCAUUCUCUAACAUACUUUAUCUUUACAUUUGAAGUCAUGUACAAAUGCUUGCUUGUAUGACAAAUAAAUUAAAUAUCUUCUAAAUGAAUCAAUUUCCCCCCUCCCCCCCUAGAAAUCAUACACAUUGUUUGGAGAAAAAAAUGUUCCUGCUGUUAUUUUGAAAUUCCUACAUUUUUUAAAUAAUAUAUGUGUAUGACGACGGAAAAAAACAAAACAUUAUUUUAAUGGUUCUAAUCAGACGGAAAACAGUAGAGAAGUUAAAGUUGUUGAAA